AUGCAGCAGGACUGCCCUACACGGAGAGUCGCAGGAGCUCGUCGUCGCAAAAUCGCUUUGGCUUGUGAACCUUGCCGUGAGCGGAAGUCUCGCUGCGACGGCGGCAAGCCGGUAUGUGCAUCUUGUGACCGUCGGGGGUUUCCGAUUGGUCGUUGUGUGUACAAAGCGGAAAAUGCGCGUUCAGCAAGUAGCGACGAAUACAUCCUGACACUACACAAACGAAUUCGGGAGCUGGAGGAGGGCUCGGGUACUCAGGUAUCAGGAGCUGGCGUGAAGCACCCGAACAAUCCGUUAGAUCCACCCAAUUCCGAAGACACGUUCGUGGCCGAUACUAGCGACGGGGCCAUCGGAAUUGGUGCCUCCCAAACAAGAAUCGAUGAAGCUCAGCAUUUGCCGGAUCACCAGCAACUACCGUUGAAUGUGCCAGAUAAGACAGAAAGCACCAACACCACCCAUUCAUCUUGUCCCUUUGAGUCUCCUAGUCAUGUCACUGGGAUGGGCGCCAUGACGGAAGUCAACGAUAACGAAUCCUUUCCAAACCAAAGUGCAGAGUAUUUUGGAAGCUCGUCAACUGCCUCGUUGAUGUCUCUUUUGUCCCGAAACCCUGAGUACCAAAGCCGCCAUGUGUGGGCAUCACGGAGACCAGCCUCCCUUUACCCAGCUAGCAAUGGCCAAGACUUGAAUCAAAUGUCCCUAUCUACCAUGCAGCUUGAAGACUUCCUACUUCCUCCCCGGGAUUUGGCAGAUCACUUGCUCGGGUGUUUUUGGGAUAGAGUUUAUUGCCUUUAUCCGUUCUUUGAUCGCCGCAGUUUUCAAGAUGCAUACGAAAAUCUUUGGAUACCCGACAAUCAGAGUGCUCGUGAACUCUCAAACUUGAAUAUUGGACUUGGAGAUCGCAUCAACUCAGGGUCAAGAUCGAUUGUUUUUAGCUGCGCACUAAAUGCGAUAUUUGCCAUAGGCUGUCAUUUUUCUGACAUUCCCAUCGAACAGCGAGAGACCGUCGCGCAUCAAUUUUUUCUUAGAGCCAAACACCAGAUCGGUUUAGAUAUGAUUGACAUCCAGUCAAUUGGUGUAGUUCAGGCGUUCCUAAUUGUCGCAUUGUUCUUACAAAGUACGGCCUAUCCCCAUCGCUGUUGGAGUUCAAUUGGAAUGGCAUGCCGUCUUGCGCUUGGCUUCGGGCUACAUGAACCGCAUCUGUGGGCAACCAAACAUCCGUUGGAGCAGGAGAUUCAGAGGCGAACCUGGCAUGGGUGUGUGAUGAUGGACAUAACUGUCAGUAUGACAUACGGGCGUCCUAGCAUGACGACGCAUAUUACAAGUAUUCCAUUGCCGGGGAUAUUCGACAUCGAGUCCCGCAGGGAGACAGACGAACCAUCACUCACCACCUUUUACAAUUCCACGAUCAGACUUUAUUCUAUCCUGGAUCUUAUUCUGUCCGAUGUCUAUAAUACUUGGAGAGGACGAUCCAGUGAGACCACUGACAAGAUAAAACAGGCCGGAGGGCUCGAUAUGAUUAUCAGAAUCGAAGAUAAAUUGCGUUCAUUCAAAUCCAGUAUUCCGGACUGCCUAACCUGGAAUGAAUUGCCUGGGUCAGCGAUACCAUCUUCGAAUAUAUCACUUAUUGAACGGCAGCGAAAUGUACUUCACGCACGGUUCCUGUAUCUCCACGUCCUCCUUUAUCGGCCUAUGCUCACUCAAAUGUGCUUUGAAGAGCAAACAACAGGAUCCUCUAGUAAUCUGUCAAGCUCGGUGCAUUCAUUCGUGUCAAUAAAAUGUGGAAAUGAAUGUAUCCGAGCCGCUAUUGAUCUCAUUUCCCUCGUCUAUGAGACCCACAGAACUCUCGAGACAGACACAUGGUGGUUUAAUGGCUUCUAUACCUCUACGGCUGCAAUGGUUUUGAUCAUGUCUGAUACCAGACGUGAUCCUCACUAUUUAGACAUUGAAAAAACCGCGAUCAAUAUUGCCUGGCAAAAGUCGGAGCACGUAUUGAAAUACAUGGCUUCAUUUAGUGUGUCAGCUCAAAACACGCUCAUCUGUCUCCAGAACAUACGAAAUCGGGUUCUCAGAAAGUCGAACUCUGAUCUAGGCCCGAGCCAAAACAACGGCAACGCUUCUCAGGACUUGUCUACAGAACCAGGACAAGAUCAUGCGGGCUUGUCCCAAAUUGCGAGUGGAACCUUGAACUGCGAUGAUGGGACUCUAUUAGAGGACUUGGGGUUUCUUGGACCUUUUGAUCUUAGUGAUUUUCAGGACUGGUUUCCACAGCCAGCAUAA